GUUAGUGAGAGCUUGUGUACUGAAUGCAACACAGCAAUAUCUUGAACAGCCAAAAAUCAUUAAAAUAUUUAAUAGUCUAUCAGAGUUUUGGAGAAAUAAUGAGGGUUGCUGCUGCAGUUUUCCUCCUGAAUGUUGGAUUAAUACUAUGUGUGGAGAUUCCUGUUGGAUAUAACAGAACUAGCAGUUUCACGGAUCCAACAGAAAGGAAUGCAAAUGCAGGCUGUUCCAUCAAGCUGAAGCCCACAGACUGUGAUGAAGGUGGAUUCUGUGGUUAUCAGGUAAAUCUUCCACCGUUAACCCUGAAGCUUCCCAAGGAGACAAAACUACUUGAAAAGACUGUCAAAGUAGUUAAAAGUCUUACAGCAACAGUAAAUAAAAUGAAGAAAAGGUGGCUGGAAGGACAUCAGAAAAAGCCGACCAAUCAUGAUCAGGCCAUUGCAAAUAUAAAAUUUAGAAAGGAUGAUAAGAAGAUAAUGGCAUUGGAGAAGAAAGUAAAAGCACUGACAACUUCGUUACAGUAUGCCAGAAACCAGAUCAAUUGGCUCCAGAGCCGUUUGGAAGAGAUGAAUGCAGACACUGUUUUGCAUUACAUUAAAAAAGAGCUGUCAAGUAUUAACAACACUGUGAAUACACUGAACAAUAAGUGUUACACGACUUGUGCAGCCGAAGGCCCACCAGCAGCAAUACAAGCUAUGCCUCAAGAUUGCUCAGACCUUUACAAUCGAGGAAUUCAGAAAAGUGGCAUCUAUGAACUUGCUUACUGUCCAAAUAAUACCUUUCCAGUCUAUUGUGAAAUGGAAAGUCUGAAAGGUGGCUGGACAGUCCUGCAAUCUCGCAAAGAUGGUAGUGUUGAUUUUAAUCGAACCUGGGCAGAUUACAAAAACGGAUUUGGUAAUCUAUCAACAGAAUUUUGGCUGGGAAAUGACAAAAUACAUUUUUUAACAAAAUCCAGGAAAAUGAUCUUAAGAAUUGAAAUUGAAGAUUGGGAAGGAGUCCGACAAUAUGCCGAAUACAAUCAAUUCUCUGUUGCAGAUGAAAAGCACCAAUAUCGUCUGACUAUUGCUGGUUACUCUGGUACAGCUGGUGAUGCAAUGCAUUACAGUAAAAAUUAUAACCAUGAUCAAAAAUACUUUACCACCAAGGACAAAGAUAAUGACAUGUACACUUCAGGUAACUGUGGAGCCUAUUAUAGUUCUGGCUGGUGGUUUGACGCUUGCAUGUCAGCCAACCUAAAUGGUAAAUAUUAUAAAAAGAUCUACAAAGGGGUCCGAAAUGGGAUCUUUUGGGGCACUUGGUAUAAAAUACAAAGUGAAACUCUGAAUGGCUAUCGCCAUCCUUUAAAAACAGUAAGAAUGCUGAUUAGGCCUAAAGAAAUUGUGCCAUAAGCACAAGCCGACAACAAAAGUUUCCAAAAGCAAUAAAGAAUCCAAUGCUGGAAGUUUGAAAUAAAAGCAGAAAAUGCAGGAAAUACUCAGCAGGUCAGGCAGCAUCUACAGAGAAAAACCAGAGUUAAUGUUUUAGGCCAAUGACCUUGCAUCAGAACUGGAAAAAUGACUUUUUACCCAUCGACCUGAAACGUUAAUUCUGUGUCACCCUCUCUCCACAAAUGCAGCUCAGAAUUUCCUGCAUUUUGUGUUUUUAUUUCAGAAGUUCCCAAAAGAUUUGUUUAAAAACAACUUUUAUGAACUUUAUUUUGAAACAAUGGGUGUUAAUUUUGUCUGCUGCUGCCAGCGUUAAUCACAAGUGAAAAUAUUGCAAGUUGUACUCACCUAUCAACAUUUGGUUCUACUGAAGUUAAAAGAACCAAAUUUUGAGAGAUGAAUAUAACCAUCUGCCAAUACUCUUCCAUGCUUUUAGCACUUGUGACUAAAGACAAACUUUCCCCCCAUUAUUUAUAACACUGGAGAUAUCUGGUUCUAAUUCUCUACCAUUUCCUUUGAACCAUGACCACUUCCAUUAUGUCAAUUUGCCUCUCUGAAAUCAAGUCUUGGCUGAGUCAAACUACCCUCCAGCCGCACUGGGAAGACUGGAGCCAUCAUAUUCAAUGCUGUUGUAAACUUUUCUCCUUUACCACAGUCAACUAACAUACCAUAGUCACUAGACUGUGCAAACGGUGUCCUGCUUGACCAAGACUGAGGUUCAUAUCCUUUUCAUCAAGUCUACUUACUUCCAUAUCUUUAGCUCCACUUUCAAUAAAAACUUCUCACAUACUUUUGACACUUGAAUUUAGUUCUCACAACUGAUCUUUCAAGCUCCACCGUGCACUAGCUCCAACUUAUGAACCUCUUCCAUGCUAUUUCUUGUUGCAGUAAUCUGAAUGGAGUGUACAAAAUUCCUAAAGGAUUUUAUAGGGUAGAUUCAGAGUUGAUAUCACCCCUAGAACUGAGGGCAGGAAUUCAAACAAUGGGUUGGCUGUUCAGAACAGAGACGAGAAGGGAUUUCUUACCUUUGGAAUUCACUAUCCAAGAGGGCUGCGGAGGCUGAUUCACUGAGUUUGAUAAAUGCUUAGAUUGAUAUAUUUUAGGUGUUAAGGCAAUCAAGGGAUUUGGGGUCAGUUCAGGAAAUUGGCACUGAGGUAAAAGGUCAGCCAUGACCUUAAUGAAUGGCAGAACAAGCAUGAAGGGUCAAAUGGUUUCUUUUUCUUAUGUUCGUAUAUUCUAAACUGGAUCACACAUCAUUCUGCUCUUUUUAAUCUCCAUUAGAUCCCCAUUCUUCCAAGUAAAUUUUACUCUUACUCACCUUUGAAUCCCUGCAUAACCUUGCCCUGUUAACCAUUUGCUUAUUCCCUCUCCCAUGCUCUCAGCACUUUUGACAGUGACCUCACAUGCAUUCCUAUUCUCCUUUCCCUAUCAUCAAUGGCAAGGUCUUCCUCUUUUCACGCCCUUAACAGCCUCCCCAAAACCCAUCAUUUCAACUGUUUUGAUCUUCUUAAUUUCUCUGUGGUAUGUUACCGGUUGCUUUUACUAUUUAACUUACCUUGGGAAGUUAAAGUGUGAUUAAAAAGAAAGCUAGUUGUUGUCAUUGGGAAGAAGAAUAUAUAACAAAGACGUAUACAUGUGGAUGCAAUAUAUUUCUAUUUGUUAUUCUGACUGUAGAUGAGGUAAAACAGUCACUGGCUGCAUGCCAAACAACGAGGCGAAGGAACUAGGCAGGUUCAGCAGCAUCUGUAGGGGUAGAGGAAUUGUUGACGUUUUGUAUCAAGGCCCUGCAUCAGGACCACGUUUUAGGUCUCGACACAAAAUGCUGACAAUUCCUCUCCUCCCACAGAUGCUGUUUGACCCGCUGAGUUCCUCCAGCAGUUUGUUUUUUGCUCCAGAUUCUACCAUCUGUAUUCUAUUCCCUCAUCUUUUAAAGAGGUGCAGGGACAGUUUUAAUACAUCUAUUUUCUAUUCUUCUGUUAGGGAAUUUCAGGUCAAUGCUUAAGUAAAUCAAAUAGGCUUUACAGUAAAAGUGUAUGAAAGAUUUUUUUGCAGCAAAUCGCUCUAAACUAUAUAACAUAAAUAUAGAUUUAUCAUUUUAACACCAGAAACAUUCUCCCAAUUGCAAGCAAUAAAAAAAACAUAACUUUGUUGUGUGCUUAUUAAUAUUCAAAUAGAAUACUUCCAGGUACUUUUUCUACUUGUUGCACUCAGUAUAUUAUGUUAUUAUGAUGCUCAUGCAAUGUUAAAAUAUUAUUUUGCAACAAGUUACUCAGCAAUUUAACAGUAAAGAGAGUUGUAUCUGUGUAAUUCUUGCUAAUUUUUAGUGAAGUACUUUUGAAAGAUUCAAACUAAUAUGCUGUACUGCCCACUGCUGUUUACAAAAGAUAUAUGUAAAAGCUGAACUUGAACAUUAACUUGCAUUAUGAUGUUUUUUAUUAUAAGCUCCAAGGUCUUUUACAAAUCUGUAAGGCUACAAAACUAAACAUUUCAAUAAUAAAACAAACAACAUAUA